GCGAACACUUUAUCUCGGAGCACACGGUGAUGGCGGUUUUCACGUCGCAAGGACAAGUGGGUGGACCCUGCAGAUACAUGCCGGCCACGAGGCGGCAGAACCACCAGUGUCGCAAGGAGACGGGACUGCCGGGAACCCUCAGCGAAGCCCGUCGCCUGGCCACCACCCACUGUGAGGAGCAGUUCCGCUACGAUCGAUGGAACUGCUCGAUUGAGACGCGUGGCAAGCGGAAUAUCUUCAAGAAGCUCUACAAGGAGACGGCCUUCGUUCACGCCCUCACGGCCGCCGCCAUGACCCAUUCAAUAGCCAGGGCCUGUGCCGAGGGAAGGAUGACCAAGUGCAGCUGUGGACCCAAGAAGCACAAUCGGGAAGCGCAGGACUUUCAGUGGGGUGGAUGCAACGACAAUUUGAAGCACGGCAAGCGGGUGACCCGAAGCUUUCUGGAUUUACGCGGUGGCGAGGGAGACGAGGUCAGCGAGAUAUUGCGACAUGACUCAGAGGUCGGCAUAGAGGCUGUCUCCUCGCAGAUGAUGGACAAGUGCAAGUGCCACGGCGUUUCCGGCUCCUGUUCGAUGAAGACCUGCUGGAAGAAGAUGGCCGACUUCAAUGCCACCGCCACGCUUUUGAGGCAGAAAUACAACGAGGCCAUACGCAAGGCGCCCAACCAGCGAUCGAUGCGCCAGGUGUCUUCGAGUCGCAUGAAAAAGCCAAAGCAGAGACGCAAGAAACCCCAACAAUCGCAAUACACGACUCUGUACUAUCUGGAGACCUCGCCCUCCUACUGCGCGGUCACCAAGGAUCGCCAGUGCCUGCAUCCGGACAACUGUGGGACCCUGUGCUGUGGGCGUGGCUACACCACCCAGGUGGUCAAGCAGGUGGAAAAGUGCCGAUGUCGCUUCAACAAUGGACGGUGCUGCCAGCUGAUCUGCGACUAUUGUCAGCGGUUCGAGGAUAAAUACUUUUGUAAAUAGACGGGACACACAGCCAUCUCCAUCUCCGCCGUCUUUCUUCAUGCCCCGUGUCCAUCUCCAGUAUCACUUUCUCUCCCCCUCUCCUCGUGCUCUUCGAAAAUGUAAUUUGUAAAGUUUUUUUCUACCUUUAUGGCUUGUAAUUUUUUUCCAUUCCUAACAAAUGUUAUUGAAAUGAUAAGCAAAAAGAACGAAUUGAUAAGCAGAACGAUAGAAAACGAUCAGAAAGCUAAGGCUUAGCUAAAGGCCAAACUCACCCGCUCACACACAUACUCACAUGCAUACAACAUACACACACAGACACACACAAGCGCAUACAUGCAUCUAUCUAUUUAAUUACUAUAUAGUAAUUAGUACCGUCGCAAAGAAAAAAUCUCAAAAAAAUCGCAAAACUUCAUUUAGCAAAACGGAAAAACCACAAAAAAAACACGGACACACACACAAAGAACAACAGAAAAGCAGACGCUAACACACAGCAACAAAAAAGAAAAAUAAAAAUAAAAAACAAAACAAAAACAAUUUUAAUAAGUAUAUAAACAUACAAA